AUUUCAAUUCCAUUGAUUAUUUUGGACGUAACUCUUUAAAGUUUAGAUUAGUCAAAUAGAAUUAUUGCUUUCAUAUAUUUUAAAGAUCAUGGCAAAUUACCAUUGUAAUUAUAUUUCUACAAAUUUGUAUAAUAUGCAAAGUGAUCUUGAAUACUACCUUUAAUUUAAAAGUAACAUUGUCGUCUAUUAUUUUAUCUAAAAUAUUUUUAGUUCAAUAUAAGUUAAGAGUUUACCUGUACAUUACCUGUUGACAAUGGACCACUGUAAAGAUUUUAUAAAAGCCGAAUUUCCCUGUAUCGAUAUAGAGAUGUUUCAAUAUAUUGAAGGCGUUUUGGAAAAUGGUAUUGACGAUUUUCACGACACUGAAGAUAUUUAUGAAGCUAUUGGGGAAGUAUUACAGGAAAUAGCUAAUAAAUCUGAAUCUGAUAUCCGAGGGAUUUGCUCAAAGUUACUGCAUCUUAUACAUCCUCAUUCCAAUAGUAAUGCAUCUAAAAAUGGGCAUACUAAAAUAUUAGAUGCUCCUGUACAUUUAGCAUCAAUGGCAGCCGAUCUUGAAGAUAACGAUAUGGAAAUUAAAAGCAUAUGGGUUAAUUCAAGAGAUGAUAGUCUAAAAGUAGAUAAAAAGAAAUUAAAAAAAGCUCAAGAAAAGCUUCAACAAAAACAUGACAAACGGACUGAGCAAGUUGUUAAAGGUGUGGGAUCAAUAAGUGUAGCUAGUAGUAACAAAAUGGACGGCGCAACUGCUUCUCAAGUUACAAGUAAAAAAGAAGCAAAAUUGGAAGCGAAAGGAAACAAUCGUGCCCAAGAUAUAAAAAUAGAAAAUUUUGAUGUUGCCUACGGGGAUAGAAUUUUACUUCAAAAUACUGAUGUAACAUUGGCCUAUGGAAGAAGAUAUGGUUUGGUUGGAAGAAAUGGACUCGGCAAAACAACAUUAUUAAGAAUGAUUUCUUGUGGUCAGUUGCGAAUUCCGUCACAUAUAUCUAUAUUGCAUGUAGAACAAGAAGUUAUUGGUGAUGAUACCCCUGCUUUAGAAUCGGUAUUGCAGUGUGAUUUUGUGCGACAUGGUUUAUUGACCAGAGAAAAAGAAAUAAAUUUGUUAAUUGCUAACGGUUCAGCGGCUAGUGCCGACUUAAGUUCAGAACUGAGCGAGAUAUAUAUGCAAUUGAGUGCCAUAGAGGCUGAUAAAGCCCCCGCUCGAGCAAGUGUAAUACUUGAUGGUCUAGGUUUUAACCCAGAAAUGCAAAAAAAAGCCACUAAACAUUUCUCCGGUGGAUGGCGUAUGCGAUUAGCACUUGCAAGAGCACUCUUCUCUAAGCCAGAUUUGCUACUACUCGACGAGCCUACUAACAUGUUGGAUAUGAAAGCCAUAAUAUGGCUGGAAAAUUAUUUGCAAAAUUGGCAGAGUACAUUGUUGGUAGUGUCUCACGACCGUCAUUUUUUGGAUACUGUGCCAACUGAUAUUCUACAUCUUCAUACACAACGUAUUGACACGUAUCGAGGUAACUACGAAGUUUUCGAAAAAACCAAAAAUGAAAAACUCAAAAAUCAGCAACGUGAAAUUGAAGCUCAAAAUGCUCACCGAUCGCAUGUACAAGAAUUUAUUGAUAAGUUUAGAUAUAAUGCUAAUCGCGCUUCAAGUGUGCAGAGUAAAAUUAAAAUGCUUGAAAAACUGCCAGAAUUAAAAGCAAUUGAAAAGGAAGUAGAAGUAGUUUUACGUUUUCCUGAAACUGAAGGACUAUCACCACCGAUUUUACAGCUUAAUGAAAUUUCAUUUGCUUAUCCUGGUUGUAAUAACAAUAUUUUGACUAAUGUCAAUCUAGGUGCUACAUUAGAAUCCAGAAUAUGUAUUGUUGGUGACAAUGGAGCUGGUAAGACAACACUAUUGAAGAUUAUAAUGGGAAUACUAAAUCCAACUUUGGGCGUCAGAAAUGUACAUAGAAAUUUGAAGUUUGGUUAUUUCAGUCAGCACCACGUUGAUCAACUUGAAAUGAAUCAGUGUUCGGUGGAGCUAUUACAGUCGUCAUUUCCAGGUAAAACGGUAGAAGAAUACAGACGUCAAUUGGGCGGUUUUGGAGUUACUGGAGAUUUAGCGUUACAAAGUGUCGGCAGUCUUUCUGGAGGCCAAAAGUCUAGAGUUGCGUUUGCAAGAAUGUGUAUGUCCAAUCCCAAUUUCCUUGUCCUUGAUGAACCUACUAAUCAUUUAGACAUUGAAACAAUCGAAGCUUUAGGCAAAGCUAUACAAAAAUAUACAGGAGGGCUAAUUCUCGUAUCUCACGACGAACGUUUAAUUCGAAUGGUAUGCAAAGAGCUAUGGGUUUGCGGAGGCGGCGGUGUCAAAAGUAUUGAAGGUGGCUUCAAUGAGUACAGAGCCAUUGUCGAACGAGAACUUGCCGAAGCAUCUAAAUAGAUGCUCAAAUUGUGUACACAACGUUUAUUUGAAAUAUGUAAACAAUUUACUUGUUUUGUAUUACUGUUUUUUUUAAAUUGAUGUAUUUAAUCACAAUUGUGUGUGUGUGUGUGAGUGUAUAAGUAUUAUGCUAAAUUCUAUUUAAAAAUUACUCGUAUACUACAUCAACAAAAAAUAAGCAAUGCCCGUUAGAGUUGUACUUGUUAUCUAUCAGUCAUGUUUUUUACAUAUUAUAUUAAUAAACGAAAAUAUACCGA